AAUUCUGAGGAAGCAUCGAAUUCUGGGGACACCUCACCAAUGCCUGCAGUUUUUCAUCCCGAGAAAAACUAUUCUUGCUUACAAGGGUCUGCUACUGAGAUGCUCCGCACAGAGGCUGCCUCUCCUCGCCCUUCCUCUGAGGACCUACCUCUUCAAGGCAGCCCUGAUUCUUCUACUAGUCCCAAACAAAAGCUGUCAAGUCCUGACGCUGACAAGGGCCCUGAGAAGGAGGAGAACAAGGUCCUUGUCAGGAAGCAGAAGAUGCGGACUGUGUUCUCUCAGGCCCAGCUGUGUGCACUCAAGGACAGGUUUGAGAAGCAGAGGUACCUCAGCCUCCAGCAGAUGCAAGAACUCUCUUCCAUUCUGAACCUGAGCUAUAAGCAGGUUAAGACCUGGUUUCAAAACCAACGGAUGAAGUGCAAGCGGUGGCAGAAAAACCAGUGGUUGAAGACUAGCAAUGGUCUGAUUCAGAAGGGCUCAGCACCAGUGGAGUAUCCCAGCAUCCAUUGCAGCUAUCCCCAGGGCUAUCUGGUGAAUGCAUCUGGAAGCCUUUCCAUGUGGGGCAGCCAGACUUGGACCAACCCAACUUGGAGCAGCCAGACCUGGACCAACCCAACUUGGAACAACCAGACCUGGACCAACCCAACUUGGAACAACCAGACCUGGACCAACCCAGCUUGGAACAACCAGGCCUGGACCGCUCAGUCCUGGAACAGCCAGCCUUGGAACGCUGCUCCGCUCCAUAACUUCGGGGAGGACUUUCUGCAGCCUUACGUACAGUUGCAGCAAAACUUCUCUGCCAGUGAUUUGGAGGUGAAUUUGGAAGCCACUAGGGAAAGCCAUGCACAUUUUAGCACCCCACAAGCCUUGGAAUUAUUCCUGAACUACUCUGUGAAUCCAGCAGGCGAAAUAUGA